UGCAUGAAGUUCUUAUUUAUGUAUUUUUAUUUCUAUAACAAUUGUUUUUAGUCAGUGAUGUAUACUUAGUUAAAUAACUAAAAUGUUCUACAUAUAUGCUAUUAAUGUUUAUAAUACUGCUUGUGGAAGGAGAUCCUGACUCACUCUUCAUCUUCCUUCGUUAUUUAAAUGUGUUUAUGUAACAAAACUCACAAGGACAAAAGAUUGAUGUAACAAUAAGGACAUCCUGACUCACUCUUCAUCUUCCUUUGCUAUUCAAAAGUGUUUAUGUGACAAAACUCACAAGGAUGAAAGCUUGAUGUUACAAUAAGGUACGUAACAUGUAAAGAACUAAAGCAGGCAUAAUUUUGUCCACACGAUCGUCAUAUAUGAAGUCUUAUUUCUAAAACAAAGCUUGAAAAAUGGCUUCACCACCUCAAAAACUAAAGUUAGAGGAAAACAGAUCUCGUUUAAGUAAACUUUUGGUCAAUAAAGGAACACAAGCCUUAAAAACAACAUUGCAAAGCAUUAUAAACCUUCAGUCAUCAAACUUAAAAGAUAAACUUAAUGAUCCUUCUACAAAGAAUAAAUUGACAUCACUAAAAUUCAAAGUCAUCAGCAAACAGCAGUGGAGCCUUCUUUACCCGUCAACUGGCUCACCAGACAUUGAAAACUUUGAUAUUUCUUUAUUGACUGUCUUAUUGCGUAACAUAUGUGGUCUAACAGCGCCACCUUGUGGAUGGAAUAAUCUUCCUUCCACUAAACAUUCUUCAACCUCAGCAAACAUUGCAAGAAUAAAGUUUUAUCGGAACAAAGUGUAUGGUCACAUAACCACAACUAGUGUAGAUGACAGUACGUUUGAGUACUUGUGGCAGGAAAUUUCAAAAGCAUUAGUUGGUCUUGGUGUUCAACAAACUGAACUAGAUGAAUUAAAGAAAGCUCCCCUCAGUCGUGAUGAGGCAAAUUAUAUUGAAAUUUUAAAAGAAUGGUAUGAAGAAGAACGACAGUUAAUCGAUGUUGCUGAGAAAACCAACAAAAAUGUACAAGAAUUAAAAAAUGAUUUUGAAGCUAUGAAAAAUAAAGUAGAAGAUGAUUUAGUAGAAAUUAAACAAGAAAUGGCUACAAAAGCUGAUGUUGUUGGAGUAAGAGAAAUAAUACAGGGCGAAAUAUGUUCUGAUCAUAAGAAGCUUGGAAUGUGUAAGUUUGAUGGUCUUAUAAAGGAUCUUAACAAGAAAUACCUUGAAGGCACUAGACAAUGGUUAUUUAAAAAACUCGACACUUGGUUUAACGAUAGAAGUGAAGAUGCUUCUAAUGUCAUGAUUUUGAUUGCCGGUCCUGGCGUUGGUAAAAGUGUGUUUGCUGCUGAGGUGUGUCGACGAUAUUCUGAAAAGAAAAAACUUGCUGCUUGUCAUUUCUGCAGAUAUAAUCGAUCAGAUUAUAGAGACCCUCGAAAAUUGAUAGAAUCAUUGGCGAGUAACAUGUGUGAUACAAUGUCAAAUUUUAAAAGUGAACUGAAUGAAGAAUUACUGAGAAAUAAUUCCAAAGAAUCGAUCACCGAUAAAUUCCUUGUUUUAAUAAAUAAUCCAUUGCAUUCAUUAAAAAAUCAUAAACCAAUGCUUUUGGUUAUUGAUGCCUUAGAUGAAAGCCAAGUUGAUGGCAAAAGUGAAUUGUUGGAAUUGAUUGCAGAAGAGUUUGACCGACUACCUAAAUGGAUUAAAAUUUUCAUCACCAGUCGUCCAGAACUUCCAGUUCAAAAGGAAUUGAAAGAAAUGAGUCCUGUGGAAAUUACAACUCAUCCUCGUGAUGAAAAAAACGAAAGAGACCUGCACAAGUAUUUGAGACAUCAGUUGAAUAAUCGUGUGCAGAGAGAUAGCCACGUUCAGUCAUUAGUUAAAAAAUGUGAGGGAUCAUUUCUUUAUGCGUAUUACGCACAACUGAGCUUAAAGAAAGAAGAAAUUAAGCUUACAUGCAAAAACAUUAGACAAUUGGUCCCUAGUGGGUUAAGCGGUGUUUACACAAAGCAGUUCAAAAGAGUAAAAGAAUUGUUAACGAAGAAAAGUACCAGAAAAUCUGUUAUCUCAGAAACUACUUUCAUGCAAUUUCUUGAAUUGUUGGCUGCCUCUCGGGAGUUCUUACCAUUAACUUUACUGUUUAGCUAUUUAGGUUUUUCUGAUGACAUCACGUUUGAAGUCCGCAGUAAAAUCAUUGAACCGUUAUCUCAAAUUUUGCCAAUUUACGAUGAUUAUUUGACCGUGUAUCACAAAUCUCUAAUUGAUUGGUUAACAUCAGAUGGUUACGAACAGCAUGAGUUUACAGUUAAUCAAAAAAAUGGUCAGAAGUUCUUAUGGCAUGCUUGUGAGAAAGUGUUUGAGCAAAUUAAGUCGAUGAACAUUUUUAAAGAUCAGAUGAACACUGCUAUGAUUAAAUAUGCUUUGAAGAAUGGAAUCUAUCAUAUGAUAGAAUGUGGCGAAAAUGUUGAUUUUAGUUGGGCAGUAGAUGUCAAAGUGGUUUGUGCAAGGUUAAUGUGUGUGGAAGACAUUAAAAUUUAUAACAUUAGGUCUGAAUUGCAUGAAAUCAUUCAUGAACGACGUACUUUCUUGAAAAAAGAUUUGCUUGAAGAAGCACUAAUUGAUUUGCAUACGAAACGAAAAUAUGAGUUUGAUGAAAGCUUAAUUUAUUUACCAGCUAUUGCCAACACAAUUCAUGGCAGUAACGAAAAAAGAUUAUUGGCAAGGGAUUUAUUGAAACAAGGAAAGCUUGUUUGGUUUGAGGAUUUAGACUCAACAUAUUUAACAAACCAUCAUCAUUUGACUGUCUCCUUGCGUGCUAACGUUACAUCUCUUUGUGUGUCGUCCAAUGAAGAACUUCUUGCUGUAGGAUAUGAAAAUGGUCAAAUAUCUAAUUUUGAGCUUCCAGAAUUCGAACAACGAUGCACUCUUGGCACUGCAUUCGAUGAAUCAAGGUUGGAUCAAUGGGAUGUUGUAAACAGAUUUAUGUCCCUGUAUGACAUCUAUGACUAUCCAAUAUCAAAGAACUUUGGUUUUGUACGUGGAAACAUCUGUUGUUGCUCCUUUUCACCUACCGGAAAUAGACUGGUAACUAGUGAUGGAUCUACUAAAGUAAAGUUGUGGGACGUUAACAAUGGACGUUUGUUAUUAUGUUUACAGUCAGAUGAUGUCGUUAAUCGUUGCUCUUUCUUAGAUUCUGGUUUGUUUAUUACAGCAGAAUUUGUAUAUCAUUACAAUGAACUUCCUAAAGAUGUGUUCACUGCAUGGAAUUCAUUAACUUUGCAAAGAAUCGAUCGACGCUGCGUUGUUGAUUACCAAAAACUAAAAUACACCGAUAAAUAUUCAGAGUUUUUUGUUGCAGAAUUCGUCGAGACUUCGUAUGUUUUUCAAUUCCCAAAGGCAAUCGAUAUUUUUUCAACUAAAAAGAAAUAUUCACUACUUUUACAUUCAAUGAUAACACACCAUUAUCGUGAUUGUAUUUUUCAUCAUACAAGCCACAGGGAUCGCGUUAACGCAGAAAUCGUGCAUUUUUACGCAGAAAAAAUCCAAAAAAUGCAUUUUCAAAAUUUUAAUGCUUCCUGGGACGCAGGACGCCUAUUUGUACUUGAUCAUUUUAUUUUAAAUAAAACAAAACGAAGUGAAGUGUAA